AAUGUACUUAUGAUAUAAGUUUUGAAUAUUGAAAUAUGGAUUUUUGAGUUCUCGGUGUUCCCCCUAGAGCGGUACUAUGUUUAACCAAUAUGAAAUGGAUAUUGUGUAGAGGAAAUUGAGAAGGUUGGUUAUACAUCAGUGAGUAUAUGGUUUGAUCCGACGGUUAAGUGGAAGAUGAAGAUUGUCUGAACAAUUGGUCCUUCAAUGGAUGCACGUGAAAUGAUCUGGAAGUUGGCUGAGGCAGGAACGAAUGUUGCGAGGAUGAAUAUGUCUCAUGGGGGUCGUGCAUCUCAUCAAAAAGUUAUUGAUUUGGCCAAAGAGUAGAAUAAUGAGCAUAAAGAUGAUGUCAUUACAAUCAUGGUUAAAGAGUAUAAUAAUGAGCAUGAAGUUAUAUGAUAUCUGCUUAUUUUUUAUUCCAUUUUCAGGACAAGGAUCCACAGCUCAGAGCAGCUUGGGUAUUUAAAGGUCUGCUGUAUACUCGAACUCUUUGUUUCAGGGUUAUAGGAGAAGCUUCAUUUCAGUCUUCAGUGCUAUCUGCAUCGCCAGGGUCCUGUUGCAUUGCACCAAAAAGUGGAUCCUGCAAAAAAGCUGCACAACAAAUGGACACAUAUAGUUUUGGUGUAAUGUUGUUUGAAUUGGUGACAGGCAGGAGAGCUGAUGAGCAUAUAGAAUCAGGGGACGGAGAGUUUCUGGACAUCUCUCAAACUCAUCGCCCCAACAAACAAUAUUACGAGCUCUAGAUAUUGCGGUCAGAUGCACAUGUGUGGCAUUAGAGAAGAGGCCACCAAUGUGUGAGGUUGUGAGAGCUCCCCAGAGUCUUUGAUUCAACUUCUCGCCUUUCAGAUAUAGUGUUCCUCCUGCUUCGCGUGAAGUGUUUGAUGUGAUCCAUGUUCAACUUUUAGACAAUGAGUAUGAACUGUUGCACUUUGUACAUACACCUUGUUUUAUGCAUUUUGUUCUAUAAUAUAAUGUGGUUUAAACUUGGGGAGAAAACAUGAACAUGUGGUAAAAUUUUGUGUUAGAUUUGGCUUGGGGACGAGAAAAGAACACUUAGAGGAGUAAUAAUGUAUUUGGAAAUAUAUCUCUUUGUUCC